AUGAAUAUUCUCGCUCUCUUCAUCUUCUGCCUUCUGGCCAUCACCUCUCCAAUUCUUGCUGAAGACACCAGGGGAACCCGUUGCACUUCUGAUGAGCAAUGUAGAAAAGUAGCAAUUUGUGUUGCUGGAUGGUGUAUCAUCGAGCAAGGCAUCAAUCGCCAUGGUAAGGGAGGACCGAGGGAUAGCUUCCGUGGAUUCUAUCAGAAGGAUCUUGGGCAAGAUUGA